UUAGUGAAAGGAAAUUGAAAUUUUCAUUAAGGACUUCUACUUAUUAUUAUCACAUGUUUAAAGCGUGUUGUGUUAAGUUACGAAGUUAACAACUCUACAUCAUUUGUGAGCAUUUUCAUUUUGUAUUCUUUAAUUCAACAUGAAACGGCUAGGAGUUUUGUUUUUGGCUAUGCUUGGAAUUUGUGUGGCAAGUUCACCUUGUGGACCAGGAGGAAAAUGUGAUUGCUCUAAUUACACUCAAACUGCCACUGAAAUGAGAUGCUCAAUACAACUGGAGUUAAAAACAAUAUGUGCAUCUCUUGCAAAUGAUACACUUCAUAAAGUAACAAGACUUACGUCUUCUAAGUUAAAUGAUACAAACUUAACAACUGAUGAUUUAACAGGCUGCGAGUCGCUGCAAGAAUUAUGCCUAACAAAAAACGCUUUAGAGCACAUACAGGAGCAUGCUCUGUGGAAUAUGUCUAAACUUACGCACCUUGAUCUUAGUUUAAAUAAUUUGGAUGUAUACAGAAAUGGACCUAGGUAUGAGUUUUGGCUCCCGGCUAACCUGCGCAUUUUGAAGCUUAACGGAAAUAUUCCAAACAAUAUUGACACGAAUCUUCUGAAUUAUCCAGUUUUUUAUCCGUCUAAUGUGUUGCGAGAACUUUACUUGGACGGUCUACCGAACAAAGAUUUCGAUGUGUUUAGAGGGGAUCCGAAUCUGUUACAGGGUGUGACAGUAUCAGGAAUGUCCGGAUAUUGCAGUCUAUCUCAAGUUACUCAUAGUACUUUCGGAGCACUACUGAACUUAACAUUUUUGAAUAUUACUUCCUGUAAAAUUAGUAUGUUCGAAUUUGGAGCUGUAAAAGAAUUGAAGAAAUUAGAAGUGCUCGAUAUAUCCUAUAACAAACAACUUGGUUUGAAAGCGUUAGAAAAUAUUUCAUAUGGUCUACAAUUCACAAAUAUCAAAUCAUUUAACUUCUCACAUGCUGACAACAAGUUUGGACCAGCAAGAACAGUAGAAAAACGUGACUUGUGUUAUUUAUGGAAUACUUCAUUACAAGAGUUGGUUAUGGAAGGUAACAGGAUCCAAAUGGUUGAAUCUAAUGGUUUAAUUCUGAUACCCUCUAGUCUGAAUAUCCUGCGUAUAGGUUACAACAGGCUGACUAUAGCUAUGUAUAUUAUGCAAGUUGGAUGUCUGGGCAAAUUAACGGACUUACACAGUGGAUUCCUUGACGUGUCAGCUUUCCAUGAACAGCCUUUAGAAGUAAUAGAAAACAUCUCAAAGGAUGAAGAAGAUUGUAGGGGAAAUCAGACUUCUGCCUGUCCGUUCAUGUCAGAUACUUACUUGAAAAAUAUUUCUUCAGGUAAACAGAAUUGUUUAUUUUAUGACGGGAGUACUAUUCCUUUGUCUAUCCCGAAGCAAAUAAAAAAUAUAUACUCUCCCCAAUGUGGCUUUGUUUCGGCGUUGAUUUCAAUAUUGAAUCAUGCAAGCUCUUUAGAUUUGCCAAUAGAACGACUUGAUGUAUCUGGAAACAAAAUUUAUCGUAUUUCAUCUAUAAACAUCAAAUUUGAGCAAAUGAAGCAUUUAGAUAUAUCCGAUAACCACUGCAGAUCACUAGCACCUCGUACUGGGCUAAGUGUUCCAAAUCUAGAACAGCUACACAUGCAGAAGAACCUUUUAGGAUUUUCUAUAUCAGAACACCACUUUACGUAUUUCGGAAACCUUCGCGUGCUUAACCUAUCCGAUAAUGUACUGCAGAAUCUUCCGGAACAUGUAUUCUUUAACUUAACAAAGUUAGAGGUACUUGACCUCAGUUAUAAUAAGAUACAAAACUGGACAGCUGAUGUAAGCGCGUUGAAAUCUCUUAAACAUCUCAAUUUGAGUAACAACGUAAUUGGAUAUUUGCCACCCUCUUUAACGACUAAUUUCGAGAAAAGACCUGACUUCAGUGUGGAUUUGCAAAAUAACACAAUCCAGUGUGCCUGUGAAUAUAAAGAUUUUCUUUUUUGGCUGGUUAGACAUAAAGAUAAUAUGGUAGGAUAUGAAAAAUAUAUAUUUUAUGAUGUAGAUAACGCACGAGAACUUAAUGUGAAUCAAUUUGAAUACAAAGUAUCGUAUUUAAACAAAUAUUGUGGAUCUUACACAGUUUUUAUUGUUGUGGCAUCUUUGUUCAUAACGUCCUUCCUGUUCGUCAUCCUAGGUGGUAUAGCGUACAAAACCCGAUGGCAAAUACGGUAUUUUGUUUACAUCACGAAAAGAAGGUAUUUCUCGUACAAGAAGGUUCCGAAUGAAAAUACAGAGGAAAUAUUUAAGUACGAAGCUUUUAUUUCAUACGCUGAGGACAACAACCAUUUUAUAGCAGAAGAACUUAUACCAAAGCUUGAGCAACAAGGGCUGUCUUUAUGCGUCCAUCAAAGAGAUUUUGUGCCCGGUCGGUCAGUGAUAGACAAUAUUGUUGGUGCUAUUCAAAACAGCAGAAAGACAGUGGUGAUAUUGAGCCGCGAAUUCAUCAACAGUAGGUGGUGUAUGUAUGAAUUUCAAAUGGCUCGUAUGGAAAGUAUUUAUUCACGUGACGAGAAAGGUUGCCUACUGAUCGUAAUGAAAGACAAAAUUCAAAUCGAAGAGAUGCCUCUGGAAAUGAUCAACUGGAUACGGUAUGAAUCUUACCUGGAAUAUACGGAGCAAACCGAAGGCGAACUUUUGUUUUGGCAAAAACUUAUUGAAUCAUUGAAAGAUAUGUAGUUGUUAUAUAUACGUGUGUAUAAACUUGUUCUGGGAAAUAUAUCCAUAUCUUAUUUUCUCUUUUUAAGUGUAUUUUUAUAAGAAUUUCCAUUUUUAAAAUUGUUCUUCAUUCCGCUUUAGUUAUAGUCCAGCAACAGGGAAAUUAUGUUACAACUGCAAAAUAUCUUUGCAUUUUUGUUCACUAUUCUUUUGUCCCGUUACUGAGUUCUCAGACACUGUAAGUUCAAUGAGUUAACAAUUUUAUCUUCAGUUAAGAAUAAUACAGUCUGCAUUAUCUACAUAUUUUCUUUGGACUGGUCAUCUAAAUAGUUUUAGUGGAACUAUUUUCGUAUAGACUGUUCCUGUGUGCACUACAGAAAAAAAAAAAAAAUAAUUGACAGUCUUUUUGAUGUGAACCAUUAUAGGACAGGAAACCAGAGUAUGUUUUCUAAUCUAUUUAGCUGUGUACAUGUUGGCAUGACAAUUUCUGUGACAACUUAAGUUUGCGGGUUUUUUUUUUUUUAUUCUCUCAUGAUGUCUUUAGAAAAAAUUGUAAUUACUUUUGCAGUGUUUAUAUUUUCAAAUGAUUUUUGGUAUGUUUUGCAAAGUCUAUUUCUGUUGCAACAAAUACUGCAUUUCAGACAUAUUCACAAUUUCGUUGCCUUUAAAAUUCUUGCACCUUUCUCAUAUAAAGUUUUUAGGAUGUUUGUUGCGGGGAAUACAAAUACCAUUUAUUAUUUAACCAUAUGUACAUACUUUUAGCUUCUGACUUAGGUAUCAAAUCCACAAAUAAAUAACAUUUCAAUCCCUGUUCAUCUCAUGUUUUUGGAUAUCAUUUGAAAAAGUUGUGUCUCCUGAACGACCAUAAUAAUAUGCACGAAUCACUGCAGUCAUGUUUUUUUUUACUGCAAAAUGAUAAAUCUUACACUGUAAUAACCGGAUUUCUGUUGAAGUAUCAUUGAAAAUUUCUAUAACAUAUUUUUGUCACGUAAUUUAUAUUUUAUUUUUCAGUAGACAAUACACUUUCAAAUGCUGCAAAAAGUAUAAUGAGCUUACCAGGCAUCAAUAUUUGAUAUAUUUUAAUAUCGCUGUUAUUUGGAACUUACUUAUUUGUAGACCGGAUACCUUAAAAUCCUUUCGUACUUAUGCUUAAUAUGCCGGUAAGAUUAGUAUAUCUUUAUUCAUGUUCUAUGUACAUAAUAAAGGUAGACAUUUUAAAUCAUUAUGUUAGAUGACUAUGUAUAAGAAUGGCUAUAGCCAACUGCUAUUCUCGUUUAGUAAAGUGAUUAUUAUCACACCUUUAACAAGUUUGUUUGCUCAUAUCGUUGAACAGAAAUGUACAAAUCGUACUCGCGCACAAAUCUCAAAAUCGUUACAUCUUUUCGUGUUGUUGUUACUUUAAUGACAAACUUGUGUAUUUUCCUUGAUUUUUGCCAGAGUAUUUGCUUUUAUUUUAUCACCAACACUAAAAAAAGUGAAAGAGAGUGCAUCUGCAAUGGAUAUUUUUACAGCAACUCUCUUUAAAGCGAACGUUGAAACUAAACAAAAGAAACUUUGUUUAAACAUCACGUGAAUUUGAGCAUGAUAUUGUCACACACUGAAAUUGAUGUGAUGUUUAUUUGAGCCGCGCCAUGAGAAAACCAACAUAGUCCGCGCAGUCUGGUCUGUAUCCAUGCUGUUCGCUUUCAACGCCUAUUUGAAUUAGAGAAACUGUUAGCGAACAGCAUGGAUCCUGACCAGACUGCGCGGAUGCGCAGGCUGGUCUGGAUCCAUGCUGGUCGCAAAGCCACUAUGUUGGUUUUCUCAUGGUGCGGCUCAUUUUAUUCUGUCGAAAACUACGUAGAUAACAUAAUCAACUGUUCGGUUCUAUUUAAAAAAAUUUAAGGCAAAAUUGUCAUUAAAAUAAGGAAAUAUUUGCCUUCGUAGGAGUGAUGUUAAUGGCACAGAUACUCGGGGGUAAGGUCCCGCUCUCAUCCGUCCUCGCCAUCUGUUGGCCAGUAUUUUUUUAGCAUUUUAAAACGAACUGAGCAUAUGAUGAUAUCAAAAACCAUGUUUUGUUAGAAUUCUAGCGUGACUGAAUGCUUAAUGUGCAAUGUGAGACUUUGGUCAGUUAUCUCCCUUUCAUACUAUCUAGAGUAAGUAGAUCCUUUCAUUUGGAUUUCUCUGUUGUUAUCGCUAUUUUAUUUGUAACAAUAUGAUGUAAAUGAAGCUAAGUUAUUGAUCAUCAUGUCUAUUGGUUUAAGAAUGUCUUUAGCUACAUAUUCUAUAAACACACAUUAUCUUAAUUUUGACAUUUCAGACAUUCAAUUUUACAAAUAUGCAAGAUAUCUGAUAUCUCACAGAUAAAACAGCGAUAAAGUCAGAGGAUUCCAAAUGAUAGGACCAACUAACAACCUUAUUAUCUCGGACAUAAUCCAAUAAGGGUGACAAUUUGAAACUCACUAAAGUCCCUCAUUGGCAAUUCAAACGCUUCUCUGUGCCUCAUACCCGCUUUAUAUAGCAUAUGCCACAGGUACAAGAUUGUAUCUCUCACUUUCCUACAUUGUUCAUGUAAAGAACAUUGAUGGUAAAAUGUGCAUUUCUAAAACAUGCUAAAAUCGAAACAAAACAUUGUCUGUGUUCUCUGUCUAAGCGCAGUUUGUUUUACAAUGCGAACAGUUGACAGAGACAGAUGAGAGAUAGCGACACGGGGCCCUGGCCCCAAGUGUUUGUGUCCACUGAUGUAAAGAGAUGGACCAAUCAUGACAAUCGGCAAUUUUCGUAAAAUUACGUAAUCUCCCGAUGCUACUUCGGCAUUCUCCGGCUGCUAAUGUAGCUUGUAUGAGCAACCAUACGGAGAAUGCCGAAGUAGCAUCGGGAGAUAACGUAAUCACACAGAAAUAACCGAUUUUCAUCACGGGUCCAUUACCUUAAGUUAUACUGUAUUGCAUAAACGAAAACUGCGUAAAUGCAUCAUAUGAUAAAUUCGAUUGUUUGAACACUUCAAUACAUCCUUCAGAAGUACUUAGAAGAUUCAGUUGCACUUAACAUUUUCGUUUUAUCAAUUAUCAUAUGACAAUCAUACUUCAUGAUAUAGUUAAGUACAUGUUGAGUGUGUUGUGAUUAGAUAUGGUACUUUUGUUUGUAUUUUCGGGAAGAUGUGACAUGCCAUUAUUGUAUUGCGGUUGUCUGGUUAUAAUUUGUGUAUGAAUUACGUUAGCAUGUGUAAAGUGGGAAAAAUAAAAAUUCUCCUCUACGCGUGCUUUUGAAAGAAACUGUAUUUUUAAAACAUAUUAAUAUUCAAAGUAUUAAAACAAACAAUUUA